GGCAGCCUAGAGUUACAGUCCGGCGCUGGAUGUGGCUGAUCAUUGUAAGGAGCAAUAUAAACAGUACAAUGACGAGGAGGAGAGAGGAGGGGUGGGAGCGAGAGAACAGAGAGCACAGAGCUGAGUAAGAAGCCGCAGCAGCAGAGGGGAGUUGCUCUUUCACUUCCCCAUGGGUUUCCCCUCGCUGUGACAUUGCCCCUGUCUCUUGGCUGGACUAUCACCCCAAUACUAACCCCAUUCCUCCUGCUGACUGAUUGCUGGUGGCUCAUCCUCAGUAGCGCUGGAGCAGGGGGCAGACAUGAGUCAGGCUGCAGCUGGCGGGGGAGAGAAGCUGUGCCGGUCGGACAAUCAUUAGUGAUUCCGCUGAAGUCUCUGGGAGGGGGAAGAAGAGUUUUGGCUGAUUUCCCUCGCUUGGCAUUGCUGCUGCUGCUGCUGACUGGCCGGCUGGAUAUAUAUAUGUGUGAUAUGAUUGAGUCGCAGCCUGCUCAGAAAAUCGGCAAGAUGAAAAAGUUGCGCAGAACUUUAUCUGACAGUUUUAGCCGAAUAGCUUUGAAAAAAGAUGAAAAUGCAAUUGACGAGAUAUGUGUCACCAAGAUGUCGACACGGAACUGCCAGGGAAUAGACUCGGUCAUAAAGCAUCUCGACCCCAUUCCUGAAGACAAGAAGGUCAGGGUGCAGAGGACACAGAGCAGUUUUGACCCCUUUGAAAAAACAUCAAACCAGGUGAAGAGAGUGCAUUCAGAAAACAAUGCAUGCAUUAACUUUAAGAGCGCAUCCGUGGGAAAGGAAUCUCCCAAAGUCAGACGCCAUUCAAGCCCCAGCUCGCCAACAAGUCCAAAAUUUGGAAAGGCCGAUUCUUAUGAAAAACUGGAAAAAUUAGGAGAAGGCUCAUAUGCUACAGUUUUUAAAGGAAAAAGCAAAGUAAACGGCAAGUUGGUAGCACUGAAGGUGAUAAGACUGCAAGAAGAAGAAGGGACUCCGUUUACUGCAAUCAGGGAAGCUUCACUUCUAAAAGGACUGAAGCAUGCUAACAUUGUGUUGUUGCAUGAUAUUAUUCAUACGAAGGAGACUUUGACCCUCGUCUUUGAAUACGUGCAUACAGAUUUAUGUCAGUAUAUGGAUAAACACCCAGGAGGUCUGAAUCCAGAGAAUGUGAAGUUAUUUUUAUUUCAGUUGCUGCGUGGUUUGUCCUAUAUCCACCAAGGCCAUAUUUUACACAGGGAUCUGAAGCCACAAAACCUUCUAAUCAGCGAUACAGGGGAACUGAAACUGGCCGACUUUGGUCUUGCAAGAGCCAAGUCUGUACCAAGCCACACGUACUCCAAUGAAGUAGUGACACUCUGGUACAGACCUCCAGAUGUCCUCCUGGGCUCCACCGACUAUUCCACCUGCCUUGACAUGUGGGGUGUUGGGUGCAUAUUUGUGGAAAUGAUCCAGGGAGUUGCUGCAUUUCCAGGAAUGAAAGAUAUUCAAGACCAAUUGGAACGGAUAUUUUUGAUUCUCGGGACGCCUAUUGAAGAGACGUGGCCUGCGGUGCAUUCUUUGCCACAUUUCGAGCCAGAACGAUUUACGCUAUAUGGCCCUAAGAAUCUAAGACAAGCUUGGAAUAAGCUGAGCUAUGUGAAUCAUGCAGAAGAUCUAGCCUCCAAGCUGCUCCAGUGUUUUCCAAAGAACAGACUGUCGGCGCAAGCUGCUCUGAACCAUGAUUAUUUCAGUGAUCUCCCUCCCCGGCUAUGGGAGCUAAGUGACAUGUCUUCCAUUUUUACGGUACCGAAUGUGAAGUUACAGCCUGAAGCUGGAGAAAGUAUGAGAGUGUUUGGGAAAAACAAUAGUUUCAGCAAAAGUCUUUCAAACAGCAAACACUGAUGACUGCCUUGCACACGUGCAUAUGGAGGUGAAUGCCAUUGAAUGGGACGCUUGCCUUAUGAAAUGGAAGCUUGGAUCUUCUCAUCCAUUCUGCUGAUUUAAUACGGCAGAGGACUGAAUUUGGCAAGACACUGUUUCACAUGAUGAUAAUAAUAAUAAUAAUCAUAAUGUACUUCAAGCCUUGCACGCAGUUGGCUAUAGUGAUUUAUAUGAAGAUUCAAUCGUAAUUUAACUGCACUGUUGAGGGUGUAUGUAUGUAUAUAAAUAUAUGUACACUUUUGACUCAUUUUCUUUUUCUUCAUCAUGAUUUCUUAGAUUUGCGCUUUGACAACUCUUCGCUUUGGCUCCACCGCAAGCCGCUCAUUAUUUUUUUUUUUUUGGAAUUGUAUUUAUUUUAUGUUAUGAAUGUGAUUAAUGGGUGAAAGAAACACUUUUGUGGUUCAAAAAAGAAAAUCUAGAUACAUAACAAGGCCUUAUAUUUGAGGCAGAACUGCAACAUUUUUUUAAAGAAAAAUGAAGGCUUUUAUGUAUACUCCAUGAAAUCUUUGUAACAUUAUACCACGUGCUCUGUUAUUAACCAUGAUAAUUACACAGCCAGAAACCACAAUGCUGUAGCAUU